UCGAGUAUUCCAAAGACUCUCUCCAUCGUCAACCUAGAAUCUCCUUUUCCUCCAUUCCUGCUCUCUUUCUGUGUGUGUACUCUCCACUGUCAGGCAGGUAGUUGGAAGCCAUAGUUAAGGCACGAGAAUUCCUGAUCGAGGCGAUCAGUGUAGUCUAAAAGGCAACUAACUGUAAGACCAAGAUUAGUAGGAUGGAUGAGAGAUUACUUGGAUCGGACCCAAAAGAUGUUAGUAGUCUGUCAAGGAGGAUAUGGGUGGAAAUGAAAAAAACAUCCAAGGUAGCAUUUCCUGCAAUGGUAGCAAGGGUUACUCAAUUUGGAAUGUUUGUGGUGACACAGGCAUUUAUAGGACAUAUUGGUGAAGUGGAGCUUGCGGCUUAUGCACUCAUACAAAUCAUUACUGUCCGAUUUGUGAAUGGGAUAAUUCUGGGCAUGUCAAGUGCCACUGAGACUCUGUGUGGGCAAGCAUUUGGAGCAAAGCAAUACCCCAUGAUGGGAAUCUACUUGCAACGGUCAUGGAUCAUCAACAUUGCUACUGCAACAAUCUUGAUCCCCGUCUUCAUCUUCUCAGCACCAAUCUUCAAGCUACUCGGCGAAGAAGACGACGUCGCAGAAAUUGCUGGAUAUAUCUCUUUUUGGUUCAUUCCAGUUGUCUACUAUUUUCCCUUUUCCUUCAGCAUCCAAAAGUACUUACAAACGCAGCUCAAAAACCCAAUUGUCGGAUGGCUAUCUGCUCUCACUUUCGUGCUUCAUGUUCUCUUGUCAUGGAUUUUUGUGAGCAAAAUGAGCUUGGGGAUUCCUGGUGCAAUGGGUGCGAUGAUCAUAUCGUGUUGGUUGGUGUUAAUUGGAAUGUUCGUGUAUGUCUUUGGAGGUUGGUGCCCCAACACAUGGUGCGGUUUCUCAGUAGCUGCUUUUCAUGAUUUAUUACCAGUAUUGAAGCUCUCAAUUUCCUCGGGUGUGAUGCUUUGCUUAGAGUUAUGGUACAAUGCCGUUUUAGUCUUACUGGCGGGAUACCUGAAAAACGCCACAGUUGCAAUAUCUGCCUUUUCCAUCUGCCUCAAUAUCAUAGCUUGGGAUUUUAUGGUUUCCGUUGGCUUCCUAACUGCUGCCAGCGUCCGGGUUUCGAAUGAAUUAGGGAGAGGAGAUGCUGAAGCUGCAAAGUUCGCCGUUAAAGUCGUCACCAGCAUUUCAGUAUGUCUUGGAGUGGUCUUCUGGAUUCUGUGCCUUGUUUUUGGUCCUAAAAUCGGCUACUUGUUCACAAGUGACGAGGAAGUUGCAGAAGCUGUUUCAGAUCUCUCUAUCCUCCUUAGUUUGUCUGUCUUGCUCAACAGUGUCCAGCCAGUUCUAUCAGGCGUGGCUGUAGGUGCUGGUCGCCAAAGCGUGGUUGCAUUUAUCAACAUAGGUUGCUAUUUUCUGAUUGGGGUGCCAGCGGGAGCUCUUCUUGGAUACGUGGCCGAUCUAGGAAUCAAGGGGCUAUGGAUUGGAAUGAUCAUUGGUGUCGUGAUGCAAUCACUCGUGCUCGGCUAUAUUACCUUUAAGACUGAUUGGAAUGAACAGGUGAUGAAAGCAUCGGAACGCCUGAAUAGGUGGCUCUUGAAUACUUCCCAUGAAUCUAAUGGAAAUUCUGCUGAGGGAAGACUUAUGGAUGAACAGUAGUAUUUUUCCUUCUCUCGAUUUUGUGUUUAAUGGAAACCACGGCCUUAAGUGAUAAUUCUUAAUUAGGUGCAGGGUAAUUCGAGAUAAGAUUGAACCCAUUAAUGUCAUUUGCUCGGUCGAAAGAGCUAAGGAGUUGUUAAAAUCUUGAUGUUUUCAUCCCAGCUUUCCGUACUAUGAACAACUCUUUGUAACUGCAUUAGCAAAUCAAUGUACGUUUUUGGAGGAUUUUUGCAGUAACAUAGGUAGCAUGUCAAUGAAGGCAAUAAAGAAUUUUCUCUGCUAUCAAGAUAUAGAAGAUAUUGUGAGGCUUUUCCACCUCCUUGUGAGGUUAUCUAUUGGGUUUUUUUC